AUGAGGCGCAUCUGUCCUAAUUGUCAUCAUAUUAUCCUUGCUCAACAACACCACGAUUGCCAACAACAACAACGAGACCAACCUCAAAUAAUUUGUAAAAUAUGUAAUGGUCCUCACACGGAGGAACAACCAUGUUUUAUUCAGCCAUUAAAUGCUGAAGAGGAUGAAGAAGAAAAUACUACUGAAAAUAAUAAUGAACAACAACCACAAAGAGUAAGAAGACAUCGACGUCCAAUUCGUCUUUGCUUUUUCGAUGCUGAAACCAGUCAGGAUGAUCCCGUGCAAAUAAGUCAAAAUAUCAAUGGCUAUAGGCAUGUUAUCUGUGAAGCUUGUAUACGUGCUGGUAUUAGUAUUGAGGAUGUUGGACAACGUGCCCAAGGGUGUUUUUGUGGGAAACCCAGAGGAGAACGAUGGCGUACUUGGUGUUCCCCACCCUUCAAAAAUGCUCCAGGCGACAACACAUCCUUUCCUAAUAACAUCACGUUCAAUCCACGGCGUAUGUUUUUCCAUUCGUUCGACAACGCUGAACAUAAUCCGGUGGAGCAAUUCUUAGACUACCUUCUUAAUCAUGGUUCUCAAAAUAUGCUAACAAUCUGCAUAGCUCAUAAUGGAGGAAAAUAUGAUUUUCACCUGUUAUUAGAAGCUCUUCAUAGGCGUAGUCACCCGCCAACAAGAUUAUGUACAACAGGACUCAAAAUCUAUUCUAUGAGUCUAGGAGGUUAUCAUCAGAGAAAAGUGCUUUUCAAAGACUCGUUAAAUUAUUUCUUUUGCGAGCUUGACGCACUUACAAAGGUUUUUGCUCUGCCCGAGGAUUUGGCUACUUCAAAGCCAUUUUUCCCUUAUCUCUUUAUUCAAAGACAACAUUUACAUAAGAGGAUAAGAGGGCUCCCUGCAAUUCAAUACUACCAACCUGAAUAUAAAAAGGCUGAAAAGAGGGAAAAGCUCAUUGAGUGCUUCGUGAACAAUUAAUUCAAUACUGUGUAAACGAUGUAGCGAUUCUUCGCGAAAGUGUACUCCGAUUUCGACAACUUAUUGGAGAAAACACAAAAAAUCUUGACCCUUUUUUGUCGGUAUCAACGGCAGCGGGACUCGCUUUAACAACA